AUGGGCGUAUCUUGUGUGCUCCUCGAGAUGAUAGAGAUGUCGCAUCUACUCAUAUUCUUCCCGAGAGUCGGUGUACUGGGUGACGGGUCCACUCUCAUCCUCAUUGGUACGGUUGCCCAUCAGCAAGCGGUCGAGUCAGAAGUGCACCCACAAGAAGAGAAGAGCCGCAUCCUCCCAGCGAAGUAUUUGAAAGUCACAGGUAUUGACUACGUCACCUUUGCUACAGCUUCUGGACGCAGUAUUCCAGUAGUCAGCCGAUAUACGAACGUGAAGGUCAUCGGUACUGGCAGUUAUGGCACUGUACUAUCAGCCAAAGAUGCUGUAGCAGAGGCCACGGGGAUAGGACCCAUGGAAGUCGCUGUGAAGCACACUGUUCUAGUCGAGGACAAAUUGAAUGUCGAGGACUGGCCGGAUAUCGUUAGAAUAAUUAGGGAAGUAGAGUUACUCCGUGACUUCCACCACGAAAAUAUCCUGUCGAUCAGCGACAUAUUCCCUCAACCCAGCGGUUACGCCAUGACCAGCAUUGGUAUCGUCACGCCGAUGUACAAAGGAGGCACACUGGCGACAUAUCAGCCGCGCUCACUAGCUCAAAUCAUGGCAUUCAGUCGGCAGAUACUCUGUGCUCUCUCCUUUAUGCAUAAUAACAAUGUCCUUCAUCGCGAUAUCAAGAGAGAUAACAUUUUCGUGACAGAGGAUGGCCGUUCGGUGGUCCUGGGGGACUUCGGCUUAGCGAGAGGUCCUAUCUGGGAAUCAUUCGUGGUGUAUACAGAAACUGACUGGGACUUGCAAAAACUCUCCACUCCGUACCGUAGCGUUCCUGGUGACCGAAUGGGGAUGAGGUCGUCGACGUCUGGCAGCACUGCUGAGGUCAUGACCACGCGCAUCGUGACAGCACCGUAUCGAGCACCGGAACUACUGUUGAACCACGAUCACUAUGAUGGUCGGAUAGAUGUGUUCGCCACCGGCUGCGUGGUUGCUGAGCUCAUCUUUGCUCCGGGUAGCAGCCGGUCUCAUCUAUUUAAACACGAUGAUACUAAUAACAAGGAUUUGGAAUAUCAAUAUACUAGGGACUGUCUGGCACAGCAGUUGGUGAUGGACUGCCUUCUUAACGGGGAUGAUGAUACCGAUGAGGCCUUAGAGAGCCGCAUAGAUGCUAUGAGCGACUGGCUUGAUUACGGUCCGAGGGCGAGGUAUUUGAAGCAGUUCCAGGGUCUAACGGUAUCGGAGGACCUUAGGAGAGCCGUUUUGAUGGAGUCUUGUACUGUACAGAAGGUUCGGGAGAAGUUUGCAAUAAUACAGGCUGAAAAUCCAGGACCGUUGGUGAUGCACGUGCUGAGAUCCCUGCUGACUUUCGAUCCUCGCCAGCGACCCCAGUCUCAAGAAAUGCUACUCGAAUUCGACGAAGUCUUCGACAUGGGUUUUGAAGGUUAUUGCGGAGAAGGCGAGUACAGCGGCCCUUCAGAAGACGAUUUAGAACUUGAAAUUGAAACUGGCUUGCCCACCGAGUCUAGCCGUUACGUUUGCGCUAAAGAGAUCUUGUGGAACCUGAUGUUGGACAGUCGGAAGACUCUCAAGUCAUCAGGAAAGAUAGAGGCCCGUCGGGUCACAGAUAUUUUUGAGCAUGAUCGAUUCACGGCUGGUAGUGGGAUAGGUCGUAUACACCAACUGGCUGAUGAAUUAAGCCGCAAAUACUUGAGUCGGCGAGUGGUACCGACUUCUGCUCAUCCCGAUUGAGCGAACGUUCCUUCAUUACAGCUGAGUUACUAUAUUUUCUUUGCACUGGGGCUCUAUGUUAUAUAUAAGUUUUGAUUGCUGCUGCCGUUUGUUUCCGGAAGACACCUAAGAGCUAUUGUGGAAUAAUAUGCAACCAUUCGCCUACGUGGUAGCACUGGAGAUCCACGGCUUGUCUUUAACUCUGUUACGAAUUACAAACAACCUGAUUGAUUGUCCCCUGAGCUCCUCGAUA